AGGAGCAAGGGUGCAUAUUUUCCAAAACGAAAGCGAAAAAUGUGUAAUACAUUGUUAUACAAAGUGAAGCGAAACUGGAUGAAGAAAAAGCUUUUCCUGGCACAUAAUGCCGAUACUUGCAGCGAAGAAAUCCGAGGGCGAUGAAGGGGGUUGGGCAGAACCCGAACGCGACGUCCAAGAAUGCAACCCCGGACCGAUCGUGGUGGAAUAUUAUCAUCGGAGAGGCGGCCGAUUGGCUCCACAAAAUGAAUCGAAAGACCAGGCUGCAAAUGAAAGCCAAAGAAACGAAGGACGGCUACUGGAAAUCAAUGGAAACAUGAAAGUUUUUCGAUCGAAGCUGGGAACACAACUGUACCUGGAACACUCCCGUAGACCCAGCAACAAAAUGAUUGUGGAGCCCUCGGCGGAUUCCUCCCUGGACUCCGCACAGCCCGGCUGUUGUUGGUGCCAAAAUCGCAAAUAUUGCUGCUUUGUGAUAAUAUUUUUACUCUGUUUCAUAGCAUUAAUAUGCGUGGCCGUGUAUUUCGGACAGAAGCGUUAGCCACAGGACACUCAUUAAACAUUUAAAGGGUAUGGGGUACCCCCUCG